AUGAAGUACUGGUUGUGUGUUGUGUCCCUGUAUGUUUUGUGUCUGUAUGGUUGCUGGAACAGUGAGGUGAAUGGACAGGAGGACUUCAUGCUUCUUUCAGGCCCUCUCACAAGGCAACCGGUGAGCAGCUCAGGCAGCGGAGUGAAUGAUGCCUUUGAUUGCAGUGAUCCCAUACCUCCAGGUUCUAGGCAGUACUUUGAGUACCUCCAAAGCAGAGGGGUGACCCACUUCAAAGUGCCGCUGUCAUGGGCUCAACUCAACCCAACAGGCCUCCCUGGGCAGUCCCAGCAAGCUGUGGUCACCUGCUACCAGACCCUGCUGAAGCAGCUGGUGGAGGUGGGCCUUCAGCCUCUGGUUGUCCUUCAUGGAUCCACCGUACCAGAAGUUCUGAGAUUGAGGUACGGAGGCUGGGAGAGCCAGGAGCUGAUUGAGAAGUUUCAGCAGUAUGCCGAGUUUGCCUUCCAAGAGUUUGGAGCCCUGGCACACUCCUGGGUGACACUGAGUGACUUGGAUGAUAUUUGGCAUAAUGGGCAGGCUUCCGGUGCUCCCAGUCCUCUGAAAAAUAUCCUCGAGCUCAACAGGAACAUUUACCAGCUUUACCAUCAUCGCUUUCCUGACAAAGGUGAACGUCUGUCAAUUGGGCUGAGAACUAGUGAUGUUGCUAUUCUUUCCCAGAUCAAAGCUUCAAAUACAGUGGAUUUCUUGUCAGUGCACGUUGAGUAUAACUGUGCUUCACCAUCUAACUUUGCAAAGGAGCUGAAGAGCUUACAGAUGACCAGUGGGGAUUUGCCUGUCUUGAUAUACAAGAUGACUAUUCAUGAUUGUUCCAACAGUCAGUUCCAGCUCCUUGGCAAUUUCCUGCAAGUCCUGAACAACAAUGACCUGAAGAUUGCAGGAUGUGACAUGAUGGACAUGUUGGGUAAGCUGGGCAUGCAGGAGUCCCGUGCCAGUCAUGGUUUUUCAGACUACAGUGGAAUGACAGCACUUAGAAACAGUUAUCCAAGUGUUUGGGAUAAGAUUGAGGCCCAGAUGACAACAGGAAGAGAUGUUUUUCUCAAUGAAUCAUUCCCGUCUGGCUUCCAAUGGGCCACCUCCAGUGAGUCCUUCAAGGUUGAAGGCGGUUGGGCAGAAGGUGGGAAGGGAGAAACCAUUUGGGACCGUUUUGGUCAUGAAAACAAGGUUUUUGAUAAUCAGACAGCUGAUCUAGCUUGUGACAGUUACCACAAGGUGGAUUAUGAUGUCUAUCUCCUGCGAGGUCUUCAUGUCAACACCUUCCAGUUUUCCAUCUCCUGGGCCCGUAUUUUCCCCUCAGGCCACCGGGACAGCCAAUCAGAGAGAGGGGCCGUCUACUACGACAAGCUGAUCAAUGCUCUCAUUGAGUCGGGCAUACAACCUGUUGUCACUCUCUACCACUGGGAUCUACCACAGACACUCCAGGACCAAGGUGGAUGGACUAACACUUAUAUUGUUGAAGCCUUCAAGGAUUAUGCAGACUUUUGCUUCUCCAGGUUUGGAGACAGGGUCAAGACCUGGAACACAUUCAGUAGCCCCUGGGUGGUGAGCCACGCUGGGUAUGGAACUGGUGAGCAUCCCCCUGGUGUAAAGGACUAUGUGGUUGCCUCCUAUCAGGUCACUCACAAUAUUCUCAAGUCCCAUGCUGAGGCCUGGCAUGUCUACAAUGACAAGUACAGGACAAGACAAGGGGGGAAAGUGGGCAUUGCACUGAACUCUGACUGGGCUGAGCCCAUGGACCCCUCCAGACCUGAAGACAAAGCAGCUGCCGAUCGCUACCUGCAGUUCAUGCUGGGCUGGUUUGCACAUCCUAUAUUUGUCGAUGGAGAUUAUCCUGCAGCACUAAAGACUCAGAUUGACCAGAAAGAAAAAGAGUGUUCCCACUCUGCACCUGCCGUCCUCCCAGUUUUCACUGCUGAAGAGAGCCAGAGGAUACGUGGAACCGCUGACUUUUUUGGAUUAAACCACUACACCUCCCGGUUGGUCAACAACAGUAAUGGUGGUUGUACACCUGGUCCUCAUGGGGUGGGUGACUUCAAGGCCCAUGUGGACCCAUCAUGGUCCUCCACAGCUUCUGACUGGAUCUAUUCUACACCUUGGGGACUGAGAAGGCUUCUAAAAUACAUUUCCACUGAGUACUUGAACGUUAACAAAGUGCCCAUUUAUAUAACUGGGAAUGGUAUGCCGACAGAGUACAGUGGAGACACUAUCGAUGACACCAGUAGAAUAGAGUACAUGAGGAGUUACAUCAAUGAAGCACUGAAAGCUAUACAUUUGGAUGGAGUAAAUGUGCAGCGGUUUACUGUCCAGUCACUCAUGGAUGGCUUUGAAGGUCCACAAGGCUACAGUGAAAGAUUUGGUCUUCACCAUGUCAACUUUGAUUCACCAGACAGGCCCAGGACUCCAAAGCAGUCUGCAUAUUUCUACUCUCAGAUUAUCCAGAAAAAUGGCUUUGGAUCACACAAGGGUGAUGUUUUUAAAGGGGUAGAGAUGCAACCUCACCACCGUUCAACUGCUUUACCACCCUCAGAGGUUCCAUCUAAAUCAAAGGUUGUCUGGGAGAAAUUCUCUCAUCAGUCGAAAUUCCAAAGAAAAAUGUACCACCAUGGCACUUUCUCACAAGGCUUCAGUUGGGGAGUAUCAUCCUCAGCUUACCAGAUUGAAGGUGGCUGGAAUGCUGAUGGGAAAGGACUGAGUGUCUGGGACACUUUCACAAAUAAAUCUGGCAGUAUCCCUGCUGAUGCCAAUGGAAAUGUGGCCUGUGACAGUUACCACAGACUUGAAGAGGACCUCUACAUGCUGCGAGCUCUGAAGGUGAAGUCAUACAGAUUCUCUUUGUCCUGGUCCAGAAUCUUUCCUGAUGGUCAGCGUACUUCCCUGAACCAGAAAGGAGUUGACUAUUACAAUAGACUCAUUGAUGGCCUGUUAGCGUACAACAUUACCCCCAUGGUAACACUCUACCACUGGGACCUCCCUGAGGCUCUGCAAAAGCUUGGUGGCUGGGACAAUGUUGGUAUGAUUGACAUUUUUAAUGACUUUUGUGACUUCUGCUUUGCCACCUUUGGAGACAAAGUGAAAUUUUGGAUGACCUUCAACCAGCCUCACACCAUUGCAUGGUCGGGAUAUGGACUUGGACAGAUUCCACCAAAUGUUAAGAAUCCAGGAACUGCACCAUACAAAGUUGCACACAAUCUGAUAAAAGCACAUGCUAAAGCCUACCACACGUAUGAUGAUAAGUAUCGCAAAUCCCAAGGUGGUCUGGUAUCCAUUGCUCUCAAUGCUGACUGGUUUGAACCUAAAGAUGUCAAUGUUCCACGUGAAGUGAUGGCUGCGGAUCGUGCUCUGCAGUUCCAACUGGGUUGGUUUGCACAUCCCAUUUUCAAGAAUGGUGACUAUCCAGAUGCAAUGAAGUGGCAAGUUGGAAACAAAAGUGAACUCCAAAGUCUUUCAGAGUCAAGACUACCUUCCUUUACUGAAGAAGAAAAGAACUACAUCAAGGGGACUGCUGACAUGUUCUGUGUAAAUCAUUACACUACAAAGAUUGCACAGCAUGCUACAUUGAGGCUUACUCCUCAGUCAUAUGAAUAUGAUCGGGAUUUGUCAGAAGCAGAGGAAAGUGAUUCUCCAACUACUGCCAUCAGCAAACAGAGAGCUGUAGCAUGGGGCAUGAGACGACUCCUGAACUGGAUCAAAGAGGAAUAUGGAAAUCCAGAUAUUUACAUUACUGAGAAUGGAGUAGCUACAGAUUCAAGGACAACUUGGGAUGACUCUGCCAGAAUGUUUUAUUACAAGACCUAUAUUGAUGAGGCUCUCAAAGCCUCUGAACUUGAUGGCGUGAACGUGAAAGGAUACAUAGCAACAUCUCUCAUGGAUUCCUUUGAGUGGCUUAAUGGGUACAAAGUUGGAUUUGGGUUACACCAUGUGGACUUCACUAACACAAACCGGCCAAGAACGCCCAAGUACUCAGCUCAUUUCUACUACCAAGUCAUAAAAGACAAUGGUUUCCCUACACCAGAUGAUGAGAAGCAAAUUCAUGGACAUUUCCGGAAGGAUUUCAUCUGGAGUACAGCAACAGCAUCAUACCAGAUUGAAGGGGGGUGGAGAGCAGAUGGAAAAGGUCUCAGCAUCUGGGACCAGUUUGCUCACACACCUCUGCGAGUGUUUAACGAUGACAAUGGGGACAUAGCAUGCGACAGUUACCACAAGGUAGAAGAGGAUGUUGCUAUAUUGAAGCAACUUAAGGUGACCCAUUAUCGUUUCUCUAUAUCCUGGCCGAGGGUUCUUCCUGAUGGUACCACCAAGUACAUCAAUGAGGCUGGACUGAACUACUACCACAGACUGGUGGAUGCACUGCUUGCUGCAAACAUCCAACCUCAUAUCACCCUUUACCACUGGGACCUUCCACAAGCGCUGCAGAAAAUUGGGGGCUGGGAGAAUGAGACUAUUAUUGACAAAUAUAGGGAUUAUGUUGACCUCAUUUUUAGCCGUCUGGGCCACAAAGUGAAGUUUUGGAUCACCAUUAAUGAGCCAUACAAUAUAGCCAAUGUAGGCCAUGGCUAUGGAGCAGCUGCCCCAGGGAUCAGUUUCCGACCAGGCACUCUGCCCUACAUCGUGGGUCACAACCUGAUAAAAGCUCAUGCUGAAGCCUGGCACCUCUACAAUGAUAAAUACCGGGCCGAACAGAAGGGCAUUAUCUCCAUUACCAUCAACUCUGACUGGUCAGAACCCAGAAAUCCCUACAAACAGGAGGACAUUGAUGCCGCAAAACGUGUGGUGCAGUUUUACAUUGGCUGGUUUGCCCAUCCUAUAUUCAAUGGAGACUACAGCAAUAUGAUGAAGACAAUCAUUCGAGAACGAAGUUUAGCCGCUGGUCUCUCAAAAUCUCGGCUGCCUGAAUUCACUCCUGAUGAAAUAAAAAGGAUUAAGGGUACCUAUGAUUACUUUGGGUUCAACCAUUACACAACAGUCCUGGCCUUCCCUGUGGAGUAUGGAGGCCUUCAACACUAUGAUGCUGAUAGGGGUGCAGGAACCAUUGCUGAUCGCACUUGGCUGGAUUCAGGUUCAUCCUGGCUGAAGGUCUCACCGUUUGGAUUCAGGAGAAUAUUAAACUUCAUUAAGGAGGAGUAUGGAAACCCACCAAUUAUCAUCACAGAGAACGGCAUGUCAGAGCGCGGGCCUGUUGACCUUAAUGAUAUUCAUAGAAGUUACUACUAUGACAAAUACAUCAACCAGGUGCUGAAAGCUUACUUGCUAGAUGAUGUGGAUAUUCGCGGUUACACAGCUUGGUCUCUAAUGGACAACCUGGAGUGGGCUACUGGAUUUUCAGAGAGAUUUGGCCUUUUCUAUGUCAACCACUCAGACCCCAAACUUCCUCGAGCGGCAAAGAACUCUGUCUCCCGCUACUCCACCAUCAUCAAAUGCAAUGGAUUCCCAGACCCUGCCUCUGGACCCCAUGAGUGCCUGAAACCUGAGCCUGAAGGAACAAGUGCACCACCUAUAUCCCCAUAUCCCUCUGACAACAUUGUGAGCUUCCUUGGUAUGACUCUCUCUGCCGGUGAUGCCGAGACUGGACUUAAUACUACCUUUGCUCUGCUAAUUGUUGCGAUACCCUCGGUUCAGUGGGCCUCUUGA